GUAUGGCAAAUAACUUAAUAUCAAUUGAAGAAUCAUUAUCUAACCAAAUCGAUGAAAAGAUAAUGAAAGAAUAAUAAAACUUGAAAAAUUUAAAAUUCUUCGAUACAUCAAAUAUUGGAUGGAAUGGUAUAAUUCAAUUAAUUAAAGAUGAAAAUUCCAUGAAUAUAUUCGUAAAAGUUAAGGUAUUUAUUUAAUAUUAUUAUUAUUAGAAAAUCAAAAAAUUCUAAUCUAAAAGAAAAUAAAAGAUGAAUAGAAAUUAAAUGCUUAAAUAGAUAGCUAUGGAGGAGGUUUUAGGAAUACUAGAAAACUUAUGA